UGACUGCUCCGACACCACUGAAUUUCCGGGAUUUCCCUGGGCACUUGGGACACGCUCUGAAGGGUCUUCCUUCCUUCCCAGUCCAGCCCGCGGCAUAUCAGUUCCUCGAAUUCUUCCAGCAAGCGAUACACUCGACUGUCAGUUUCGAGAAUGAUAUCAUAUCACUCUAGUGCAGUACAGCUACAUAUUUCAGAACAGGGUGUCACUCACCAGAUGUCAUUCGUCGAGCACAGACUUGAAGAGCCGAACUCACAACGCCGUUGUUGACGGUCAUCUCAUUCGAACUGCCGAUGGACUGCCAAGGCAGCGCGUUAGUGACCGAAGCGGCACGAAGGAGAGUAAUUAAUCUUCCGGUUCCGGAGAAGUAGCCAUCAUAGUCAGCAUCAGACCUGCGACGAGCCAGUCUUCCAGUUUUACAGGCAGCUGUUUUUUUUUUACCCGCUGAAUACCCGCUAUUGUCGGACUCGCUGUAAAUAAACGCCGCCCAGGAAUAGGCUCGGCCAUGGCGUCGACGUUUCAAGCUCCGCCAGCCUUCCAUCCAUCGAGACCCCCCAGCAACAGACAUUCGUUCCACACCACCGAUAAUGCGAUGUUCUCUCGACCAUCAGAACCCGACCUUUCCGCUUCCGCAGCAUGUCGUGACAUUUCAUGCUCCGCCACGCAUCCCGGCGGGCUUCCCGGCGGGUAUUCCGCCGCCGGGCCCGCUCUGGACCGCCGGCCGAGCCGCAGCCGUCUGCUCGCUGACGUGGAAAUGGCGGCGCUGGAGGGCAAACUGGCUCUGCUGGAGUCGCAGCGGCAGCUGAGCGCAGUGAAGUGCAAAAUGUUUGUCGAUAUGAUGGAAUCUACCAUGGAAUCUACUAUGGAUAUGGAAUCUAACAUGGGAUCUGCCAUCGAGUCUACUCUGGAGGGGGACUCUGUUUUUUCUAGGAACAACAGCGGUUUGGGACGACCAAAAGUAGCAGGCGCGAAGCAGCACAUGGCAUGUGAUAGAAUACGCGGCGUGAACACGUCGGGGGUUACCAGUCGCAACAGCAACAGCAGCAGCGGCGCCGGCACCGGCGGCGGAGGCGAAAGCAGUGGUGACGAGCGGGGGCCGGCGCACGGACGGGUGAGAGGAGCAGGCGCGGCGCACUACGUGGACCAUCGGCGGAGGUCCGUCGACGUGGCUUCGAUAUCUUCCGCAUCGGCGCGCUGCGCGUCGUGGCGGGAGGACAUGGUUUUCUACAGCCCCUCGGGCAAUCCGUCCCGGACCCUGUCGCGCACUCUCUCCCGCCGCCGCAGCGGCUCCUUCCGCCCCGCGGCUUCCCCCGCGGCGUCCCCGCUCGCUCCGGAUGCCGCCAUUGUCGCUGCCGGCACUGGUACUGGUGUUCGUGCUGGCGCGCCGGCGAUCAAGACGUUGUCGACUUUUGAUGAGGCGCCUCAAUACUCGCCACGUGGCGGGGCUCGGCGCGCAGCAUUAGCAGCAGCGGCAGGGCGGAGAUCGUUUCAAACGAUCCGGGAGCUGCGGUACGAAGAGCAGUACGAGCAGCAUCUCGGCGCAGAACGCGCCGAGUCUGGCGGGAUUCGUUGGGCCCCGAGUCAACAACGGUACGAACACACCCAGCGGAGUCAACCGAGUCUAUUAAGUCAACGGAGUCAACGGCUGUCGAAGAGGGAUCUCGUUUCGGCGUCGGACGAGUGCGAUUGGCUCGCAAAUCCGCCGUUGCCGUCUCGCGCAUCGACCGAACCCUUAUCCAACGGCUCCAAACGCGCCACGUCAUCAUCGGCCUUCAUCGUGCCGUCCGUCUUCUCUUCGUCCAACUCUAUCGCCACCACCUGCCCUAUCUUCGACUCCUCCCUCGAGACUUGCUCGUCCCGCUCAUCGUCCUCCCCCUCCUCCUCCUCCGCCUCCCCCUCCAGCCCCAACUCUUCCGCCCGCCUCCACUCCCCCUGGGUCAACGCCGAGCGGCCCUUCGAACGGCUUGCGCAGACGACCGCUGCAUCUUCUCCUGCAGAAUCGUUUUUCCCUGCUGACGAGAGUUGUGAGCCACCUGCCACUCCGUCCGCCUCCUGCGCGUCACCGUCCGAAAAUGGAAAGUGCGCCAAGGAAGGAAAGAGCAAGUCGCGGGGAGGCUCUUGGCGCCGGUGCGCGCAACCGAAAUCAAUGGAGCGGGCGGAGAAAGCGGGAGAGGCGCAGGGGAAGGCGGGGGGCGCAGCGCAAGAGGGCAAGACAUCGGCGCACCGGGACAGGCGACGAUUGAGUCUGGGAGGGUUCGCGAGCAGCCUGCUGGGCGAUUUGCGGUACAAAUAGACUUGUUCCAAUUUGAUCUGUUCCAAUACCGAAGCAGCUUCAAAGAGCACCAAACCAGCCCUGCACCGGGGCAGUGUACACUGGACCUCACUACACUUCCGCCUUCGAUUCGCCAGCCUGUACACUGCAGUUUGCACCAGAAUAUUGUACAAGGCCUGUACACCGGAUUUUUUUGCGCAGCAGCUGUUGCACAAGCAGCUUCCUGGGACUACGGACCUUUGAGCUUUGGGGAGAACGGUAGCUGAACGUACACCUGGCAGCAGCAGAUGCAGCAAGAGGAGCAAACGCAUCACCCUCUGCAAUUUUUGCCACCUAGUGGCUAUUCCACAGCAAUAAGAGGGAGCUCCCUGAAAUUAAACCCGAUGAAGCUUUCUCAAGUUCUUGCUCAACUAUGUGGCAUGCUAGUGUGACCUUUUAGUUAUCCAACUUGUUGGGCUGAUAAAAGCCCUUGGGAUCUUUUCCAGAGACUAAGUCCCAGCUGUAGAGACUUGAGACCUUGAGUAGUGCAGCGGAAGUUUGAGACAGUUGAACCCUUGUACUAGUAUGUGAGAACAACCCUUGGGAUCUUUUCCAGAGACUAAGUCCCAGCUGUAGAGACUUGAGACCUUGAGUAGUGCAGCGGAAGUUUGAGACAGUUGAACCCUUGUACUAGUAUGUGAGAACAAGUGAUUG